AUGAGUCAAGAUACUGUAAUCACAAAAGCCGUAUUUGAGGAGAUUUUAGAUAAAAAGCUUGCCGAAAAGCUGAAACCGAUUGACCAAAUGAUGUCAAUAAUGGAUAACCUUAAGAAAAGUGUGAAGUUCCUAGGUGAUAAAUUCGACUCGACGAUUAGGAAAGUUGAAGAGAUUGAAGUAAAAUGCGAUGCAAACGUUAAGGAAAAUAAAUGUUUGAAGAUGGAGGUACUGAGACUCUCCAAUAUCAUUAGACAGCACGAUGAAGAAAUAAAUAAUUUUCAGCAGUAUUCCCGACGUCACUGCGUGGAAAUCGCAGGCUUACCAGUAGAGCCAGAUGAAGACACUAAUGCUUUAACGAUCAAGGUUGGUUCAUUGAUGGGAGUACACAUUGACGAAAAGAUAUUUCAAUCAGCCACCGACUGCCGCAUAAAGCUCAAAAUGAAACCUACAGCUCAAGGUUAA